UUCGGAGAGAAUUCCGAAUCAGUUGACCGAGAGAGAGAGAGAGAGAGAGAGAGAGAGAGAGAUAAGGAGAUAGAAGAAGUGACGGAGAUAAGCGCGAAAGAUCAUCGACCCCUUUCAUACACACUGUCCAUUCAACUCUCUCUCUUCAUUUCCAAAUCCUGUUUCGCCAAAUGAGUUUCUCACCUUCAAGCAGUGUGAAUAGUUGCAAUCUGGGCUGGAAAUCUUCGAGCUUGUUUGUACAAUUGGGGUUUCUUUCCGGUCACCAAAUUCCACAUGGUUUCUCGGCUUCUCUUCGAAAAUUCGAUUCUUACAAGUCUCCUUGGGCUUGCUCGUCAUCCUCUUCCUCUUCAGAUCUGCUGUUAGUGAAAGCUGCAAGAGGUGAACCUGUUCGCAGGCCUCCAGCAUGGAUGAUGCGUCAAGCAGGAAGGUAUAUGGCUGUUUACAGAAAGCUUGCAGAGAAAUACCCAUCAUUCAGAGAGAGGUCAGAGACAACUGAUCUCAUUGUGAAAAUUUCUUUGCAGCCAUGGGAAGCUUUCCGUCCUGACGGUGUUAUUAUUUUCUCCGACAUUCUUACCCCUCUACCUGCUUUUGGUGUGCCAUUUGACAUAGAAGAAGUGAAGGGUCCUGUUAUUCACUCGCCACUUCGUUCUGAGGAGAGCUUGAAAUCAAUGCAUCCAAUUGACUUGGAGAAACUUAAUUUUGUAGGAGAAUCUCUCAGAAUUUUGCGCCAAGAGGUUCAGGGACAGGCAGCAAUUCUUGGUUUUGUGGGAGCUCCCUGGACAAUUGCAACAUAUAUUGUAGAAGGGGGUACAACUCGGACAUAUACCACCAUAAAAAGCAUGUGCCAUACUGCACCACAUGUAUUGAGGUCUAUUCUUUCCCAUUUAACAAAGGCAAUGUCAGACUACAUUGUUUUCCAAGUUGAAUCUGGGGCUGAUUGUAUACAAAUAUUUGAUUCAUGGGGAGGGCAACUACCCCCAAAUAUGUGGGAGCAGUGGUCGAGGCCCUACAUUGAAGAGAUUGUGAGUCUAGUAAGGAAAAAGUGCCCUGGAACCCCACUUGUUCUCUACAUUAAUGGGAACGGGGGCCUUCUUGAGCAGAUGAAAGGAACUGGAGUCGAUGUGAUUGGGCUGGACUGGACGGUGGAUAUGGCUGAUGGAAGAAAGCGUUUGGGCAGUGAAAUAAGUGUACAAGGAAAUGUGGACCCUGCUUAUUUGUUUUCUCCUCUUCCGGCCUUGACUGAUGAAAUUCAAAGGGUUGUGAACUGUGCAGGGCCAAGAGGUCACAUUCUCAAUUUGGGUCAUGGGGUUCUUGUUGGGACACCUGAGGAAGCAGUCGCCCAUUUUUUUGACGUAGCAAGAACCUUGAACUUUGAGGAACUUGCCGAAGAUCAUUUUGUGGAGGAACCUAGAUUGGUAGUUUGAAGACGAUUGUUUUCGUAGAAACAGGCUCCUGUUCUGUUGUAGAAUUAGCCCUUUGUUUUCGCUCUUAACCCAGUACCCAGCUGUGCGUCGACCAUUAUUUUAGCUUGCACAUUGUAGUUUGAGAUACAAUAGACUGCAUUGUUGAGAUGAAUGGAAAAUUUGUUUCUCCUUUCAAUUGA